AUGGCCACACUCAGCAUCCGGAACAUUACAAUCAACCCCCUCGAACUCAAAACCAUAGAGCGAUACGGAGGAUCAUCACCCAAAAGUGGCGGGCUAGCCAAGCUGGGUCGCAUCGUCACUGGUCUCUUCACCGCCUCGGCCAACUCGUCACGCCCACACCCCAAGGACGGUCAAGAGCCUAACGACCGGCAGGAUGUGAAGGAUAUCAUCGCAGGUCCCUUCGAGACCAAGGAGACGGGCAUACUUGCACCAGAUGUCGGCCACGAGGUGCUGCGCCUCACCUUCCAGACGCCCGGGACGGAGUACAGAUACGUCGUAGACUGCCCGGGCCCCAGCGCGCGGUCCCAGGUGAUGAGGAGGCUGGACGGCGCACCCCUGGAGCUCACAGUUGUGUACACGGUCUCGGGCGCGCAGCUGACCAUCUUCAGCUCCGCGGCGCUUGAGAGCUGGAUGGGCGAGCUGCGCGACGAGUACCCGCUGUCGAUGCUGUCCAUUCCCGGGACGCACAACAGCCCGACAUGCUACGUGGCCCUGCCGUCGGUGCGGUGCCAGGCAGUUUCUGUACGGGAGCAGCUGGACAACGGAGUACGCUUCUUGGACGUUCGGGUCAGCGUGAACAAGGACAACGACGAUCUGGCGCUGGUGCAUAGCGUCUUCCCCAUCUCGUUGACGGGGAACAGGUACUUCAGCGACAUGUUGAAGGACCUAUACGCCUUUCUGGACGCAAACCCCUCCGAGGCCUUGCUGAUGAGCAUCAAGAGGGAAGGCACUGGAAGGGGUUCGGAUCAUCAUCUCUCCCAGCACCUCUUCAAGCGCUACUGUGGGGGUGACGACGCGCGAAGGUGGUUUACGGAGCCGAGAAUACCGAGCCUGGGGGAGGCGAGGGGCAAGCUCGUCCUGAUCCGACGUUUUAACGUGGAAGACGCGCUACAGCACUGGGGUCUUGAUGCGGCUGCCUGGCCCGAUAACUGUGCGGAUGAGCCGACGGGAAGUGGGUUGAUGCGCGUGCAGGACUUCUAUGAAGUGAGCCAGAGCACCAAUAUCGAAAAGAAGAUCGACAUGGCUCGACGCCAUCUCGAGAAGGCGUGCCAGCAGACUCUUGCAGAGUUUGGCAUUUCAAAUCCGGCCUCCGAGACGACACCUACUCCUUUCUUCGUCAAUUUCCUGAGCGCCAGCAAUUUUUUCAACGCCAGCUGUUGGCCCGAAAAUAUCGCUGCCAAGGUCAACCCGUCCAUUAUCGAAUAUCUUUGCACGAGCCAUGCUGAGCAUGGUAAGGGCCCAGACCAGUUGGAUGUUGGAGACGCCGGUACGGGCAUCGUAGUCACCGACUGGGUGGGACAAGAGGGUGACUGGGACUUGCUCAGGUGCAUCGUAGGCUGGAAUGCGAGGCUGCAAUUGAAGAAAUGA